UCCCUUUUAAAUGACUGCGGAAAAACAGACUCUCGGAGCCGCAAAUGGGAAGACGGAUUCUCAGGCAAGGCUUGCGAAUGCCCCGCAGCCAUCAUUUAACUGCGCCCGCAGAGCAGUUACGGUGUGUCCCUCGACCCUCCCGGAUCGCCUCGUGUGUCCCUAGUGAGACCCCGAGGCUCUGCCCGCGCCGGGCUUGUCGGUAGCUGGAAGCCUGUCGUGCUCUGGGCAGCGCGGGCGCAGGGCACGCGUUCGCGCACACCCGCGCACACACGAAAACGCGCAAGAGCUGAACCGAGCCCGGUUUCCAUUUCAAAAAAGGAGACAGCCUCUACUGCGAUGGUAGAAGAGACCGCGGUGUGACUUAGGGACUGAGAGCGUCGGGCGGUGGAAUGGUCCAUCUCGGAGACUAAUUUUCUGGAGUUUCUGCCCCUGCUCUGCGUCAGCCUUCACGUCACUUCGCCAGCAGUAGCAGAGGCGGCGGCGGCGGCGGCUCCCGGAAUUGGGUUGGAGCAGGAGCCUCGCUCGCUCCUUCGCUCGCGCUCUCGGCGCUCAGUGCCCGGCGGCAGGAGGAGCCUGCACCCCGGCGCCGCCGGCGGGCGGUAGGCGCCGGAGCCCGGCCCCGAGGUGCGUCCCGGAUCCCAGUGCGCGUCUAGCAAGGAGCCUGCGUCCCAGGGGGUGCCGGCAGCGCCGCGGGCCGGUGCUCGGUGCGCCGGGCCAUGCAGCGGCGGCCGCGGCGGGGCUCCGAGCGGCGGUAGCGCCCCCUGUGAGGCGACCAGAGAUGCCCCGGCCACUGUGAACCGCGCCGCCCGCCAGGACACGCUCAGCCCGGGACACGCUCGGCUCUGCGCGCCCGCGACAGGCACCGGGGCGAGGGAGCGAGCAGCGCGGCGCAGGCCGCCCAGCGGGGGCAGGGGAGGCCGGCCGGUGCGGCGCGGGGCCACCUACUCGCUCUGACUCCGGCUGGCACUGGCGGCUGGGGAUGUCGUCCUGGACGAGGUGGCAUGGACCGGCCAUGGCGCGGCUCUGGGGCUUCUGCUGGCUGGUCGUGGGCUUCUGGAGGGCUGCUCUCGCCUGUCCCACGUCCUGCAAAUGCAGUGCCUCUAGGAUCUGGUGCAGCGACCCUUCUCCGGGCAUCGUGGCGUUUCCGAGGUUGGAGCCCAACAGUGCAGACCCUGAGAACAUCACCGAAAUUUACAUUGCCAAUCAGAAAAGGUUGGAAAUCAUCAACGAAGAUGAUGUUGAAGCUUAUGCAGGACUGAAGAAUCUGACUAUUGUGGACUCUGGAUUAAAAUUUGUGGCUCAUAAAGCAUUUCUGAAAAACAGCAACUUACAGCACAUCAAUUUUACCCGAAAUAAACUGACAAGCUUGUCUAGGAAACAUUUUCGUCACCUUGACUUGACUGAGCUGAUCCUGGUGGGCAAUCCAUUUACAUGCUCCUGUGAUAUUAUGUGGAUCAAGACUCUUCAGGAGACUAAAUCCAGCCCAGAAACUCAGGAUUUGUACUGCCUAAAUGAAAGCAGCAAGAAUAUUCCCCUGGCAAACCUGCAGAUACCCAAUUGUGGUUUGCCAUCAGCAAAUUUGGCUGCACCUAACCUCACCGUGGAGGAGGGAAAGUCUAUCACAUUAUCUUGUAGUGUUGCAGGCGAUCCAGUUCCGAAUUUGUACUGGGAUGUCGGUAAUCUGGUUUCCAAACAUAUGAAUGAAACAAGCCACACGCAGGGCUCCUUGAGGAUAACUAACAUUUCAUCUGAUGACAGUGGAAAACAAAUCUCCUGUGUGGCAGAAAAUCUUGUAGGAGAAGACCAAGAUUCUGUCAACCUCACUGUACAUUUUGCUCCAACUAUCACAUUUCUCGAAUCUCCAACCUCAGACCACCACUGGUGCAUUCCAUUCACUGUGAAAGGCAACCCCAAACCAGCGCUUCAGUGGUUCUAUAACGGGGCAAUAUUGAAUGAGUCCAAAUACAUCUGUACUAAAAUCCAUGUUACCAAUCACACGGAGUACCAUGGCUGCCUCCAGCUGGAUAAUCCCACUCACAUGAACAAUGGGGACUACAAGUUAGUAGCCAAGAAUGAGUAUGGGAAGGAUGAGAAACAGAUUUCUGCUCACUUCAUGGGCUGGCCUGGAAUUGAUGAUGGUGCCAACCCAAAUUAUCCCGACGUAAUUUAUGAAGAUUAUGGGACUGCAGCAAAUGACAUUGGGGACACCACAAACAGAAGUAACGAAAUCCCUUCUACAGAUGUUGCUGACAAAAGCGGUCGGGAACAUCUUUCGGUCUAUGCUGUGGUGGUAAUUGCAUCUGUGGUGGGAUUUUGUCUGCUGGUGAUGCUGUUUCUGCUGAAGUUGGCAAGACACUCCAAGUUUGGCAUGAAAGGUUUUGUUUUGUUUCAUAAGAUCCCACUGGAUGGGUAGCUGAAAUAAAGAAAAAGACAGAGAAAGGGGCUGUGGUGCUUGUUGGUUGAUGCUGCCUUGUAAGCUGGACUCUUGGGACGGGCAUUGGCUUCUCCCAGGAGGUGCCGCUAAGUUGGGGUUUUCUGGCAGAUGUGGGUGGUAUUUGCAGGAGGUCCUGCAUGAAGCCUGCGGCUGGCUGUUGUGAGCUGUGUUUGGGGCGCACUGCUGCUGCAGAGGCAGCUCGCAGGCAGCUAAGCAAAUGCUCAAGAAAACAUUUUAAAUUCAUGCUUCCCUCUUGUUCUUACAAUUGCUCAAACACAAAAUUGAAAUGGGAUUCCAUUGGAUUAUGCUUCUCUUCUUAAAGGAGUGCUCCUUGACCAUACUGGAAAUGUAUUGAUUCUUAUUGUUUCUGUUCAUUAAAGGUGAACUGCAAAGUUUACAAAAUAAAAAAAAAAAAAUCUAAGUUUAGGGACAGAUACAAGAACACACUAAACAACCUAAUCUCUAUUUAACACAUAGUUAGCAAUGUUUUCUGUUGAUGUUUAAUGAAGACUGAAUUUAGAAAGUCUCUCUUUUCCGUCUGAAACGCAGUGACUGAGAAAGUUAAGGGCAUCAUUGGGGGGACUUGGUGAGGCCAUGGGGAGAUUCUUUCCUUCCCUGGCAGUAAAGGUCCAGAGUCAUGCAAUCAAUGCUAACGAUUUUUCUAAAGUUUAUUAGACAUCAAAAAAUAAAAGCAGCUCUGUGGUCGGGGGCUAUAGAUUUAGGUUAGGCGUAGUCAGUUUCAGAAUAACUACAAGAGUGAAAUAGACACAUAUGGUGCACAUGUCCUUUUAUUUGCCCCCUGCGAUCCACCUGCUUUUUAGAAGUUUCCUAGUGAGAAGGCCGCAGUAUCUCAUGCUGUUCCCAUGACAGAACUGCAGCUUUUCUACUCUGAAAAGGUCUGCGGGCAGAAUGGCUGGCCUGCUGGGAGCAGGAGACCAUAUUCUAAGAAGGAUAGUCCCCUACUACAUACUACACUACUGCUGGUUUUCAUGGGCAGGAAGGCUCUUCCUGACCCCAGCAGCACAGAGGUAAUGAGUAUGUGCUUUAUCAGGCCCAGCCUCAUUGGCGAGAGGGUAGCCUGGGAGCUACAGAAUCCUGCAUCCCUGCCUUAGUUCUGUCACAGACACCUGUUUCACUCACUCGGCCAUCGAGGUGACCUUUGUAUGCUUUGCUCAGCCUUUGCUAGGUUGGAUCCCUGGCCUGCAGACAGGUCGGGCUGCCCUCGCCCCACCUCACCUCACCCCUUUCUUGUUAGGGGCACGGCAGAGCCAGGCCUGGAGCAUUUCGCUUGAAAACAAGAUCAGCCCUGGUGUUAAGGCAUGCUCAGAGUGGCCACGGCUGGGUUGGAAACUUAUUGACGUUUGAAAGAAUUCUUUUUUGGGGGGAAAUUGUUACUCAAGUUUUGCAGUUCAGCUUUAAGGAUUUAUAGAUUUUUAACUAGUCCAACAUGUUUGGAAACAUUGUUUUGCAUCCCGUGUAACCAAGGCAUUAAUCUUAAUAAACCAGGAUCCAUUUAGGCACCACUUGAUAGAAAAGGAUUACCCAUGAUGAAUAUUUUAUACUGUAUCUUUUACAUUAGCCACUAAAUAUGUUAUUGCUUGAUACAGACAUUUCACAGGGUCCUAUGGAUUACAGCAUUUACCUUGGCUCCUCCGUACCCAUGUACCCAUGCCUCAGAGAGGGGCAGUUUCUCCCAAGCAUACACAGGCUGCUUGUUCUCAAACGUUUUCUUUCCAAAGACACAUUUGAGUGGGAGAGCAGCUGGCCCUUGGUGGGGGGUGGGCGGGGGGGUCCGGAAUAUUCUCUGAAUUCCCAUUUUCUUGCUCACUGCUAAAUGACAGUUCCUGUCACUACUUAGAUUUUGAUCUCUCCCAGAGUUGUUGAUUUACAAAGAGGCCAGCUAAUUGCAGAAAUCUUGAACCCUGAAAGAAAGAGGAAAUUCAUGCUGAGAGCGGAGCAGAGGCUGUCAGUACACCAAGCAUUCUUAAAUAUCGGCCAUUCGGUACAAGUUUUUUUGUGGUUUUUUUUUAAACCUUUUAUAUUUUAUUCCAUGGAACCAGAAAAAGGCAAUGCAUUGUUUAAGAACUAUUUUAUACAUAUCCCAGAGCCAAAAGGAAAAAAAAAAAGAAUAUUUGUACUCAACAGCUAGAAGACUUGCAGGGUAGAUUUUUGUUUUAAAACGGAGAGAAGUGGACAGAUAAGGCAAUUUAAUAUAUCAAAGAGCAGUUGACAUCUCCUAGGGAACGAUGAAAACAGCAGGCUAUUAGAAAAUUAUUUCAUAUGGUUCUUGUGUUCCUUGCUUUUCAUUUUUCUUUAAUCCCCAAAGACCACAGUCAGUGACAUAUUUUCGCAUUUCUAUCCUCUAGACCACCCUCUUUCAUCUUUUGCUUUUUUAUGUCCCUUACAAACAAUCUUUUUACAGCUUCCUAAUGACAUGUAUCAUGUAUUUUUUUUCAGCAUUAGAAAAGGAUAGGCAGCAUUUUUGCUGAAAUCAAGUCCAUUGUCCCCCAACCAGGCCCUGGCAUUUCAGAACCAGGCAGGUGCCCUUCGUCAAGGGCGUGUGCUGGGUGAGUGGACACCCACCCCUGCAGGCGGGCAGCCAUCACCCAGCCUUGGCCAACUCCUGCCUCCCGGGAAUGGGGCCCCAGUUUCCCAAAUCUUCUGAUUAUUUAAGAGAAACUUGAAACCUGGAAUUUUUUUUUUUUAUGUGAAAUGUCCCUAUUUUUAAAAAGUUGGCUCGGUUAUUUUUAAAAACGUUAUGUAGGCCAACAAAACAUGUCUGUGGGUUGCCAGUUUGUUACUUUUGUCUUAAAGCAACAUCAUUGUUCUCUGUUUCCCUCUAUCUUUCCUUCAUAAACGCACUUCCUGGAAAGGCCAUGGAGAGCUUUCUUGCCAUUGGGUUUGGCACCCUAGAGAUCUGUGGCAUGUCACUUACCUUUGGGGCACUCCUGUGACCUCCGCUAGCUGGGGUCUUGGCCUCUGUCCCUGCCUGGGACUCUCCGAUGGCACUGUUUUCCCUCCAUCCCUAAGUGGCCCCACCUCUGAGUGGCCAGAGACAACCUAGCAAGUCCUUUCUCCUGUUUUGUCUGACGUGUCUGACUUUCACUAGUGUCCGUAUCGCCUGACCUACUUGGGGUAGCCAGGUUCGAUGGGAAAGCACACAGCCCAUCCAAGGGUCUUCAUUGUACCUAUGUGGCCACUGGUAAAUGGAAAACAGGCUUGCCACCUCAAGAGGUGUGGGUCAGGCCCUGUGUCUUGAAUGGGGUACAACUGAGACCCUCUGAGGCAGCUGAGACAGAGUAAGGAACGCCCACUGACGUCCCCGGAGCCACCGGUUUGAGGCCAGAAAAGAUACGUCUCCUGACGGGAGAAAAGAAUCCCCACAUACUUUGGAGACAGUCAAUUCCAGAGUUGUCACUUCUGGUCCCCCAGCCUGGGACCAUUUCAUUUUUGACCCAUUGAGUUUCCUUCUCCUCUGUGCCCCCUACUUUUGGAAAGAACACAGAGCACAGAGGGGUAUUGGCCUCUGCCUCCAACUUUUCCAGCAGUCCCGAAGGUCCCCCAGAGUAGCUAGGGCUCUAGGCUCUCCUUCAAAUGGAGCAGAGCCUGUGACAGUUGGGCAGCCUGAGAAGCAGACAGCUCCAGGACAACAAGGCAGGAAUUCAGCUCGCUGCCAGGUGCCAGAGCACACGUGAUGAUGCGCUCCUGCUUCGUCUCUCCUCUAUCUUUGCUCUUGAUCUGCUUAAAAUUCCCGACUUCUCUCUCUCUCUCUCUCUCUCUCUCUCUCUCUCUCUCUCUCUCUCGCCACCUAACCUGACUCCAUGACAGACAGAGGGUUUGUUUCCAUUUGCCUUUUUGGUUGCUUUGCACAUGAUUUUUUGUUGUUGUUCAUCCAAAGUGGGGCCAAACAAGAAUGGAGUGUGAACUACUGUCAUGCCACCGCGGAGCAGAUGAUGCACUCUUGCACUGUUCUCAUACUUUCUGUCUAGAACUCCUCCCUGGCUUUCAUCUAAUUCCCCUCACACAGCAGUAGAUGCUUGUUUCAUCUUGCCUUGUCCAGACCAGAUGCAGAGGGACAGCCACUGGGAGACGGGGCUCCAUCCAGCCACGAGGGCUGUGCCUUUCCUGUCAAGCCAAGGUCAGUGGGGUCCCCUGGGGUCCUGCAGACUGGACUCCAAAGAAACUGGGACAGAGACUGCCAUUUCGUUAAGUGAAUUCUGCUGUGUUCACACACCUGCAGUGCCCACAAGCAAUGUCCGGUUUAUUCAAGGGCACCUGGGAAGGUUAAGGACUCUCCCAGACAGGGCAAGAGUAUAGUUUUCUGUGGGGUGCUGCCAGAUGGAAUUAAGUGAACAGAACUCCCAACCCAGAGAGUGACAUGAAAACAGUUGUCACAGAAGGCAGCUUUCCACUCGGGUUAGUCCAUUUCCUUGUUUCAUCAGGGACAAGAGAACCUCCCGGCCAUCUGAUUCUGACGGUGAGCUCACUCUGGGUUUAAUUCAGGCUAAUAUUGCAGUGGAGCCUUGGAAUGGUCAUUAGUGGACCACUCAAGGUAGGUUGCUAUUGGUUGUAUCAAAAGUCUUAGUUUUCACGGAAAAGAAAAUGUAUGAGAGGCAAAGGAAGGAAGAGAGAUUUUCUCCUUUAUUUUUCUACUUAUGAAUGGAGCAUAAUCAAGUAUAAAAGAGCAAGAGAUUCUGUUCACAACGUGUAGGAAUAUCAAAUCAUCACGUUAUAUCCUUUAACUGUCUUACAAAUUUAUUUGCUAAUUACACCUCAGUAAAGCUAGAAAGAAAGAAAAGGGGGGAAAAAAACUAGCAAAAGAUUCCAGAGAAAGACAAAUCCUUGGGUUUCAUUCACUUCCUGUUCAAAUCCAUUUGCUGUAAUCCAUAGGCAGUCUGUGAAUCAUAAGCAUGCCCUAUUUUUCCCCAUAAUGUUCCAAGGUUUUAAAGUCAUUUUUUCAUGUUUCCUGUAAAUAAUGGAUAAUCAUUUUUAUUUUAUUUUUAAAUGCUGUUUUAACAAUGUGGAUAGAUCAUAAAUGUACUUGCUGAAUUCAUUCAUUUUUUAACAAGCCAAUAAAGUUUUAUAAUUCA